AUGGAAUGGAAAGCCCACCAUAGUGUUGUCAACCCUCAUUGGGAUAAUAGGAGAUCUUAUGUGGUAGAAGGUGAAGAAGUAACCGAGGGCCUACCUCUACCUCCCUUAGUUUCAAAAGAAAACUGUGAUACUCAUCAGCGAUCUAGAAAAGUACGGGAACAGGAGUCAAGGCUAUCAGUCCACUUCAGAACACGAAUAUUAUAUGCUGAUAUCCUGAACAAUAUUUAUCACACUAUUGAUGAGUAUCGUACCAAUUACCCGACAAGAGACAGUCCCCUUAAUACGAUGAUAGACAAGGUACUCAGUGACUCCUUCACUGCCUCCACUAUUGGUCCUGAUGCUUUGAGCACGAUGUCUAGUCAGAGACUUGUUGAAAGUCAACUGACUCUAUCUCAACAACCGCAACCCCCUCAAAAGAAAGGUCCCCAAAAGAACAUUGGAGGUGGAAGGAAGAUACGUAUACCUCAACCCUUAAAAGCCGACUAUGGCCAAUCAAUCACGGAUCGGAGAAUUGUUCCAUAUCGUGACUCUAUGAUAGUCGAUGAGGAAGAAGGACAAGAGGAGGAAAAGAGCGACAAAGAAAGAAAGGAAGAGAGCGAAGAAGAGGCUACACCCCCUCCUAAAGAAUCCUCCCAAAAAAACGAAAGCAUGAGCGAUGGGCUGUAG